AUGUCUUUUUCUAGCACCGCAACGCUUCCUAUUCGACGCGCUAGCUCCAGGUUUACGGAAAGUUAUGAGUUCUACAGCAGUGAUUUUGUACGCCUCACUGGAUCCCUGGAUUCCGACUCAGAAAAUGAGAUACUCCAAUCCCUGGAAAAGCUCCAGCAGGUCCCCAAGAUUCUCCAGGAGGGGAUCCUGUUGACAGGAGGAGCCGUGGCGAUUCUCCUUCAGGCCGCAGCGCACGGAAUGGCGAGAACUGCUUCCAAAACAGGCGCCGGUGGAAAGGUCAAAACUUUGGCCGAACAACUGUAUCAAAGCAUACACUCGACGGCUCUCUACCUCUACGGGCUGACAUUUGGUACUCGCCAACAGCGGAAACAGAUUCUGGACCGGAUCUAUGCCUCGCAACAACAGCAGCAACAGCAACAACAACAACAGCGGCGAAUCAGCCAUGUUGCACGAAACGGAAUCAGUCAUCUGAGUCCUUACCCACAAGACCCGAAAUUGAGAUUAUGGAUAGCUGCAACGCUAUAUGCUACAGGUACAGAGGUCUAUCAACGGAUUGUUCACGAGCUCAGCUUUGAAGAGGCCGAACAGGCGUUUAGUGAAUUUACGGUCCUACUCAAUCUCACAUUGAACAUUCCCAAGGGAUUAUGGCCCGCUAAUCGUGCUGCAUUUUGGGAUUACUGGGAUGAGCACGUUGAGAAACUGGAUGUUGACACACGGGCACGACCUGUUGUGCAUGAUCUGGAGAAGUUUCACAACGUACCCAGCUGGGUUAAAAUGAGUAUGCCGUUCAUGAAAAAUAUCACGCCAGAGAUGCUACCMCCCCACGUUCGAGAGCAAUACGGCUUUCAAUCAUCGCCUACGAGCCGUUUCAGAUACAAAUUCUCCAUGGGCAUGGGCAGAGCCAUUUAUCCAGUCUUGCCGAGGGCCAUCCGAUCGAUACCAAAGAAGCGAGUCAUGAAAGAGGUGGAAGAGAUGCUUCGGCAGUAA